UUUCUAACUCUUCUAUAUUCUGUGCAUUCUUGUUAAGAAAGAAAAACCCAUAGAAAGAGAGAACAAGGCAUACAAAUGGCAGCAGAGGCUGGUUUGAGUGUAGGAGGAAAGAUCGCAGGGUUGCUGCUGAUUGAUCCAAUUCAGCGACAGCUUGGCUAUCUCUUCUGCUUCAACAAUAACUUUAAAGAGCUCCAAACUCGACUCGGUGAACUUAAAGCAACCAGAAACGAUGUACAAGCAAGGGAAGAUGCAGAAGAGAGGAAGCGGAACACCCUGGGUGAAAUCGUCAAGUUGUGGAUGAAGAAUGCAGACGGAAAAAUUGAAAAAGCAGAGAGUGUUCUCAAAGAUAAGGCCGAGGUUCAAAAAGGGUGUUUCUCCAUCAAAUGGUGUCCUAAUAUAAGUUUGCGCUUUUCUUUGAGCAGGAAGGGGAAGAAGUUAUCUCUGGAUCUCGUCGAGCUUCUUCAAUCCGGUUGUCAGUUGCCACACACGGGAUACGCCUUACCCAUGCCGUCCAUAAAUAUGUGCGAUUACAAUGGAGAUGCUCGUGAUUUCGACAGUCGAAGUCAGAUUAUGGAAGACAUCAUUGAUAUGUUAAGGGACGACAAGACAAUGUUAAUUGGGAUAUGCGGGAUGGGAGGCAUUGGAAAGACCACGUUCGCCAGGAAAAUACUCCAAAAGGUAAAAGACUUCCAUAAGCAUUUAUUUGACAUUCAAGUUUUUACUACUGUCUCGAGUAGUCCCAAUUACAAUGUUAUGCAACAAGAAGUCGCAGAGAUGUUAGGGUCUUCGCUUAAGGACAUAGAUGGUGAGAUUGCAAGAGCACACCAUUUACGAAACUCUUUUAGUAACAAGAAAGUUGUUGUCUUGUUGGACGAUGUUUGGAAAGAAUUUGAUUUAAAUGCUUAUGGGUUUCCAUUAACAAAAUCAAAUGUUGGGUGUUGUAAAAUUAUUUACACAUCUAGAAACGAACUAUUAUGGUCAGGUGAACGGACAUUUACCAAGAAGGAAAUCGGACUUGAACUAUUGUCAAGUGAAGAAGCUUUUAAUUUGUUUAAAAUAAAAGUUGAUCUGCAGUAUGAUGAUAUUGAUUUUCAUUGGAAGAAUGAAAUAGCUACAAAAAUUGUAAAAGAAUGUGGACGACUGCCCCUCGCGCUUGGGGUUGUAGGUGGCGCUCUCAUCGAAAAAGAAAAACACGAGUGGGAGAAUAUGCUUUAUCAAUUGAGGAAUCAAGGUCAAGAUCAACAUACGAAAAAGAUAAACAAAGUCUUGGAAACGAGUUAUCACUUCUUAGAAGAUCCCAAUGCCCAGUUCUUGUUCUUGCUCUGCUGUUUAUUCAGAGAAGACCGGAGAAUUCCCAUUGAGACGUUGUAUCGUUAUGCAGUGAGUUUGCAGCUCUUCAAAGGUACAAAUGACCUACGACAGACAAGAGUUCUUGUCUACACCUUAGUGGACAACCUAAUAAGGAGAAAUUUGCUAAUAAAGUUCGAAGAUUCAUGGUACCACCGAGGAGAACGUGCAGUGAAAAUCCAUGAUUUGGUAAAAGACGUUGGAAUUUCAAUUGCAGAACAAGAAAAAAAUGGUAUUCAUUUUCUAAAGUGUGAUAGUGUGAACCAACUAGAGAAUAUAGUGACUCCACACACUAAGAUGAUUUCUAUAUUGUUGCAGAAGAUUGAUCAUCUAGAAGUCCCUGAUUCCAUGGAAUUUCAAGGCUCGAAAUUGGUGUUACUACAGUUGGAUAGUUUAAGUGUUUUUCGAUCAGAUAUUAAAAUAUUAGAAUAUUUACUUAAAGAGGCGGAUCAACUCAAAGUUCUAAAUAUAUUCGGCAAUUACAACAAGAUUAGUAAGUUUCCAUUAUUUUGUUCUUUAGCAAAGUUGAAGAUGUUAUCCUUAGAGGAAUUGCGUUUGGAUAUGACAACCAAUCUAUCUUCCAUUGGACAUAUUAAGUGCUUGGAAGUCCUUAGCCUUCGAAGGUCAUGUAUAAAAGCUUUGCCAAAUGAAAUAACGGAGUUAACAAAUUUAAGAUUGUUGGAUUUGUCUGAGUGCAAGUGUUUUAUAAGCAAUGACAUUCUUUCGAAGCUUACUAAUCUACAAGAAUUGUACAUGUUGCGUGGUUUCAAUGAUUGGAGGCUACAAAAAGCAGAGAGUGAGGACAAUCAUGCAGCAGGACUUGAUGAGUUAAAUAAGUUACAUAAAUUGUGGAGAUUAGAAUUGGAGGUACCAGAAAUUGAACAAGUGCCGAGAGGUGUUAGACUAUUUUCUUCUUCAACAUUGUUAGAACAAUUCAACAUAAGAAUAGGAAAAGGAAUAAUAGGAGAAGAAAAUUUUCUUGAAUAUGAAAGUGGGGAAAGAUUGUUGAGGUUGGUGCUUAGACCGAAGAAAGUUAUAGAAAAUACUAGUUUCUUAUCUGAACUUGGAGUGUUAAUAGAAAAAGACAUUACAGAUUUAUAUGUAUGCGCUGAUUCUGGCAUGUUGGAGAAGAUUGAUAUAAGCAAAUUCCUAUCAUUGAAAAAUAUUGUGCUUAGAAAGUGUGGAUCUCUUUUCCUACGGUCACCGUCAUCUAUGCAGACUUCUAAACUUGGGCGUUGUUUGCGGCGUAUUGAACUAUAUGAAUGCAAUGAAAUGACACACUUAUGUUCUACAUCAAUAUCAAGGAAUCUCACAAACCUUCAAGAUCUUGUUCUCAAAAAAUGUGAAAUGAUGGAAGAAGUUGUUAGGUUUUGCGAUGAUAGAAAACAACUCGAUAAAAUUGAGUUCAAUACUUUGAAAACUCUUAAACUUUGUGACUUGUAUAGGCUGGAAUGUUUUUGCAAAGGAGUAAACGAGAUUCAUUUCCAUAAACUGAAAAUAUUGGAGUUAGAAGGAUUGAAGAAAUUUAUGUUCCCAACCAAGUUGGAAAUAUCUUACGUGGAGGAGCUGAGUAUGAAAUCUAUUCCAAACAUUGAAACAUUGUGCAACAUCUUGCUACCAUCACUGCAAAAGUUGAAUAUUGAUAGUUGUGAUAAUUUCCAAUAUGUUGACUUCUUUGAUAGCUUGAUAAUUUCUAAUCUUAAAAGUUUAAUCAUUAAAAGAUGCAAAAUGUUGAAAGGAGUAGUAGGAGUAACAACGGGUGGAGAAGAGCAAUGGAGAAAAUCAAUUAAAUUCCCUAAUUUGUCAACAUUGGAACUUGAAUCCUUGGAAAAACUUGCGAGUUUUGUCAUCGACGUCAACAAUUUGGAUGACAAAGAUGAAAAGUCUCGAAGUGUACUAUUUUAUCACGAUGAUUAUCAGGUCUCAUUUCCUUGUUUAAGAGCGUUGGAUAUAAGGAGAUUGCCAAAGAUAAAUUAUAUAUUAGGAAACAGAGACGGAGGAAGAAAGGGAGUACAGGGGCAUCAUCAUCCUGAUUAUAAUAAGAUAUUUCCUGUAUUAAGUAAAUUGGAGUUGAAUGGAUUAAGCAAUUUAAUACAUAUGUAUGAAAUCAACCAGCCUGCAGGACUAGGAGGAGUGCUUUUAUUUCAAAACUUGACAGACCUGACAGUUGAAUGUUGUUUGAAAUUGAGAUAUUUGUUUUCGGAGAAUAUAGCUAGAGUCGCUGCCAAGCACCUUAAGACUAUAGAAAUUUGUGUUUGUCCGAUGAUGGAAGUGGUGAUGAAGAAUAUUGAGGAUGAUGAUGAUAAAGAAGGAGGAGGAAGUAAUAAUUCUGUCGACGGAAAUACUCGUCAUUUCUUUCCGCUCCUUAAGAAUUUGAGACUGCAUAAUCUAUCAGUUUUGAGGAGUUUUUGUGAUGUUGCUUAUACUUGGGAGUUGCCAUCACUAGAGUAUCUCGAUGUAUUAUACUGUCCGAAGCUAGAGGUACUCUCUCCCGGCUAUUUGGAUUCUCCAAGGCUGAAUGAACUCAAGUAUAAGAAUUAUAGAAAAAAAACGCAGAAAAAUCUCCCAUGGUAUUACAGUACUGUUCCAGAAGAAAAAGUAAAUGUAAAGAAUACUUGGAAAGGUGACGCUAACGGUGCAUUGCUUCAUUUAUUUAUGGAGAAACAAGAACAACCAGUAUUGAGACUAGACAACAUGGAAGAAGAAGAUGAUGAUGAAGAAUGA